AUGGCAUCCCCUUCAUCCGCGACUGUAGAGCCCGCCGGGCCAAAUCCUAGUACCAAGCCUACCCAACCGGAAUCUGCUGCGCCACGACUCUCGGGUGCCGAAUUAAAAAAACAAAAGCAAGCUGAGAAGGCUGCGCGGAGGGCGCAAACAAUCCAAGAGAAGCAGGCUGGGGUUCCGCCAGCAGCCCAAAAAGUCAAAAGUGACACUACGACAGGCGCAAAGACCCAGCAGAAAAGGCCCAGCUCAGCUGCAGCUCCAAGAGACCUUCCAGUCAGAUCGCAACGGCCGGCGGCAGCAGCUACUCCCGAGGCACCUAAGAAAGAAGACAAGACGGUGGAGCUAUUUAGGCAUUUAUAUAAACCGCGAGUGACGAGCAUUGCGGGCGCGGGGAAGGAUGUUCAUCCUGCAGUUCUGGCACUGGGAUUACAGAUGAGCAGUUACACCAUCUGCGGGAGCUGUGCAAGGCUUGUUGCGACAUUGCAGGCGUUUAAGAAAGUUAUCGAGUCAUAUGCAACCCCACCAGGAAAUACCCUCACUAGACAUCUCACAUCUCACGUCCUCUCCCCUCAGAUCGAAUAUCUCGCCGCUUGCCGACCACUAUCUAUAUCUAUGGGAAACGCAAUUCGUUGGCUUAAGCUCGAGAUUUCAAAAGUCGAUAUAGACGUUCCUGAUGCGGAGGCUAAAAAGGGUCUUUGUGACGCUAUCGAUGUCUUUAUCCGCGAGCGAGUCACAUUUGCCGACCAGGUCAUUGCCUCCAGUGCUGUUGAAAAAAUAAAAGACGGCGACGUUAUCCUCACAUAUGCAAAGAGCAGUGUCAUCCAGAGGACGCUAAUGACAGCACACCAGGAGGGUAGGAAAUUCCGAGUUAUAGUAGUCGACUCCAGGCCAUUACAUGAAGGAAAACAUCUAGCUGCAGCUUUGGUGGGCAUAGGUAUAGAAGUCAAAUACUGUCUCAUUAAUGGGCUAAGUCACAAUAUCCAAGAUGCGACAAAGGUCUUACUGGGGGCUCAUGCUAUGAUGAGCAAUGGAAGGCUAUUUUCAAGAAUUGGGACGGCUCUCGUUGCGAUGGAAGCAAAUGAGGCAGACAAACCUGUGCUCGUCCUCUGCGAAACGAUAAAGUUCACAGAGAGAGUGGCUCUUGACUCUAUCGUCCAUAAUGAGAUUGCGCCUGCAGACGAGCUGGUCAUUCCCGGGGGGCCGUUAGAGAAAUGGGGUGAUGUGAAGAAGUUGCAGUUGUGUAAUCUGAUGUACGAUGUCACACCGGCAGAGUAUAUCCAGAUGAUUGUUACAGAGUCUGGAAAUGUACCGCCUACAUCGGUGCCGGUUUUACACAGAUUAGGCAACGAGAGCCAAGGUUGA